AUGGGUCACUUGCAUACGUUCUGCAUACACGCUAGGGAGGCUGGAAUUCCGGUCGAAAGGUACCUGUACGGUCCGGAUUUGCGAGCUGGUGGAUCCCGGAGCGCUCCUAGAGCGGUUGGGGAUAGCUGGCUUGUUCCGGUAGGCGGGAAACCACGACCAUUGGGAGUCAAGCCACGUGUGGUGGAUGGGGGACAGGGAAGCGGGGGUGUCACACCCACAAGUAUGUCUGAGGAUGAGGUGGUGGUGGCUACGGCAAAGCGUCGUAGGCAUGGAACGGAGGGGGGAGAGGAUGGUGGAAACGAUGAGGUACCACGGAUACAUGCAGAACGGAUCCGGGUUAUGCUUGGUUAUGAAGGUUUGUUUUAUGUUGAUAACGAUGGUUUGAGUGGUGGAAUGGCGCUUUUAUGGAAAAAGAAUAAUACGGUGAGGCUGUUAAGCUACUCACAGAGUCAUAUUGAUGUGGAGGUAAGCUUGUUUAAUAAGAUAUGGCGCAUGACAUGCAUUUAUGGUAUCCCCGAAUGUGGCAGGCGGGAGGAGACAUGGGAUUUACUUGGUACUCUCAAGACUAGAUCCUUGUUGCCCUGGGUGGUGAUAGGGGAUUUUAAUAAUCUACUAUACCAGCAUGAGAAGAAGGGGGGAAAUCCGUAUCCUAAUAAUCUGUUAAGGGGUUUCGGAGAUGCUGUGGAUGACUGUGGUUUGGUGCAAAUGCCAAUGAGGGGCCACCAGUAUACGUGGCAGAAGGGAAAGGGAACGCCGAAUUGGAUAGAGGAAAGAUUGGACAAGGCAUUAAUAACGAAUGAUUGGGGUCUACUUAAUGAGAAUGCAUGGCUGGAGAAUAUUCGAACCCGGGCCUCGGAUCAUUCGAUCCUAUUCCUCAGUAUUAAUGCGUUUUGCAUGCCGAGGAGAAGGGGGCCGCAGAAGUUCAGAUUUGAAAUGGCUUGGCUAUUAGAUGAGGGGUGCAAAGAAGUAGUACAAACAGCCUGGCAAGAAGGGAGAACGGAGGGAUUGCUGCAUUGCCAGCAGUUGUGUGGAGAAAAGUUGAUGCAGUGGGGUGGAGAUCAGUUUCAUAGAUUCGGAAAACGAAUUAACCACCUGCAACGGAGACAAGAUGCCAUACGGAAUAGACAAGAUAUGGUAGCGUUAGCUGAGUACCAACAGAUUGAGAAUACCAUGAGACGAAUAGAGGCCCAGGAGGAUGGGGAUGAUAUGCAUACUGCUAUACAGAAUUACUUUGAAAAUAUUUUUGCCUCUAAUGGAUUGAGUUGUGAUGAUCCACUGUUUGUAGUCCUAACCCCACGAGUAACGUUAGAGCAAAAUAUGAUGCUAGACCGCCCUUUUGAGACUAAUGAGGUUAAAGAGGCUCUUUUUUCAAUGUAUCCGGAUAAGGCACCGGGUCCGGAUGGUUUAAACCCGGGUUUCUACCAGCAGUUUUGGGAGAUAGUGGGAGGAGAUGUAUCUGGCUUUAUAAUGAAUGCUUUGAAUUCCUGUGUAUUCCCUGAGGGAUUGAAUGAUACUAACAUUGUCUUGGUACCGAAAAAGGAGAUGCCUGAGAUAGUUGCAGAUCUAAGGCCGAUAGCAUUGAGUAAUGUCCUUUACAGAAUUAUGGCCAAGAUGAUAGCGAAUAGAAUGAAAACACUGAUAGGAGGAUUGAUAUCAGAAUCCCAGAGUGCUUUUAUCCCGGGAAGGCUAAUCACUGACAACAUCCUGGUGGCAGCAGAGGUGGGGCAUUAUCUGAAUAGAAAGCAAUGUGGUGUAGUGGGAUGGAGUGCAUUGAAGUUAGAUAUGUCGAAGGUCUAUGAUAGAAUGGAGUGGAGCUUUCUAGAAAGGAUGCUGACUGUUAUGGGUUUUAGUGAGAAGUGGAUAAAGCUCAUUAUGAUGUGUGUAACGACUGUUAACUAUACUGUAAUGGUUAAUGGUAUAGCAGGGGGCAUGUAA